UCUUAUUGCUUUGGGCUUUAUUUUGUCUUCUGUGUGUUGCUGCGUGUCUCGUUUUAGUUUGUGUAGCUUUAAACUCGUCUCUCACUGAUUUAUUGGACUAGACAUUUUGUUUUUUUAACUUUUGGAAGACAAUCACCAUCGUGUCCAGGCCAGUUUUGGACGAGUUUUCGUAGCAACGUCGACCGAAGAAAACGCGUCGAGUGACUUUGGCACGAUAUAAUCUAUCGAUUUAUCGACUUGAAUGUGCUCACUGUAAUUGAGUUUCAGCAGUGGGGGGCAUUCAAAAUAUCAACUCUAGCCCGAGGAAAGAGAAAAUAAGAACAGGUCUAGUGAAUCUAUUUCUUUGUCUCCAGAAACAAAACUCGUUGACAAGGACAAACAAAAACAAGUGCACAACGUAAAGAGAAUCACACAGUUUUUUUUUAAGUGUUCUGUGGUUUUCCUCCCUCCUUAAAAAAAAAAAAAGAAUUGAAUCUGGAACAACUUAAAUGAAGACCCGACCCCUGAAAAUUGCGUGGACACCUGUAAAGAGCGACGGAUGGGAAGAGGUUAGAAAAAUUAUUGUAAUCUAGAAAAGGAAAACUGGGGGCCUUUUGCUUGUUGUUGUGAGUGCGGUUCAUUCAACUCGGUUGGGAGCCUUUUUUUUUGUGUGUUCCGUGAUCCCGGCGACUACGAAACUCUCUUUGUGUGUGUGUUCAUCUUGUUCUAGAAGAGGGGGUCCCAUCUGUGCGUCGCCAUCGUCCGACCUGCUCAUCGGUCGAUUGCGUGUAGCCGAGAGAAAGUGAACGAUUCAAGAAAACAAAAGUUGCAAAAAGAACAGAAAUCGAAAGAAAUAGCCGCCUGUUAUUUGAACAUAGUCGGCAACUUUGGCUUUGCUAUACCAGUUUUGUGGGUGUUGUCAGUGAACCUCUUUGGCUUAUGGGAACUGUACCACCUUCACCUUCUUACAAAACAGAGCUGUACUUGCUUGCAGUCUUAUUAGACGCACUAGUGUCGUUGAAGAAAGUGCUACUUUUAAAGCCGAGUGCAGUGGGGAUCGUGAAACAACGAGUCGAAAGGAUGUUACGCUCGUUGAGGAUUGUUAUUAUUAUACUCUCUGUGGCCUAAUGACACGAGAGAAAUAUAGUAAUGAAAGUGACUCUUGACCCUUAAACUCGCCUCGUUUUUUUUUCCCACAACAACAAACACGCUGUUUUCUCUGCGCUUUCACCAUGUCGACGACCAACACUCGCACGGCGGAACGUUCCAAAACAUCAACAGCCACUAUCAUCAAAAUGACAGAUUGGAAAACAUACCGAGGACCUGUUAUGGAAGGUCGUCGUUCACGACGAAUGAGUCCUAUCCGAGAGCCUUCAGCAGUAACAGUUGCCGCCGCCACAGUUGCCGCCACCGCCGUCGUUUGGAUGGACUCGACAAGAUUGGAGCCUCCGCCGCCACGGCAAAAACGCUCCACUCCUCAGCCAGUCAUCUCGAACCUGGAAGAGGCGCGACAGAUGAUUGCCCGGCUAACCGAACGAAACACUGCGCAAGGUCACCUCCUCCAAGCAUGGAAGCACAGACUCAAACAACAGAACGAAGCACUUUUCGGGUUGCAUCGGGAAAGAGAGGAGCAAAUGCGGUUGUUGACCUCGCAACUCCUCCUCUUGGAAGCCAAUCUACGCGCAAAGCAGGGAAAGAUUGAUGGGUUACUGAACCAGAGAGACCGGAUCAUCAGCGGUCAACAGGAGACGAUACGUUCGUUGGAAAGGGAGUUGGAUCGUUGCCGAAAUAGCGUCGCGUCCGAGUCAAACGAGCAACAAGCCACGUUGGUCAACCGGCCGCAAUCGCUGGCCGAUCAUCAUCAUCAUCAGCCAAAUUGCGACGAAAUACAAAGCGAGUCAUCCACCUGUCCGUCGACGGACGACAGUUCAACAACUCAACUUCAAGUGCGAGUUCUAGGCAGGGAGCAAGGAGAUGAGAGUCUCGACGACAGCGAUAGCGCCGUUGUUAUCGACGACGAUCACGGGCACUCGCCCACGUUUGCCCAAAAUCCUCAGCAAGUCAGAAUCAUCCGGAGCAUCUCGGACGUAGUGGAUUCAUCCCGGGCCGGCCUCACCAUUUUCAGAGAAACUACGAAACAGCCGGGCAUCCUGAAAUCCACACGAUUGGUGCGCAAUCAUCAGCGGAGGGUCAUGUUCCUUCAGCCGGAAGAGCCGGAGGUUGAAGAAGAAGACGAAGAAGAGGAAGAAGACUCGAUGGAGAAUAGCAGCAGCAGUGACGAUUCACCGUUCAAUAAACGCGGCCACAAAACAUUCCUGCGAGGCUCUUUCGAGCGGAUGCCUGUCAAUCAAGAGUCUACUAGCAGCCGGGGAUCGGGUUUAUCUUCGUCAUCGUUUUCUCUGCGGGCAGCCAGUCUUUGCAGCAAUCAUCGAUCUGUCACCAGGCCACGUGAUGUCAAAUUCAAAAAGAACAAUAAAUGUCCGUGGAAGUCGAAUUCAGUCGAUGGAUGUUCGUCAUCGACUCCAUCAUCGUCGCAGGAAUUUCAAGUAUCCUGCUCUCACCAGGUUUGAUUCACGUCAAAACAAUGAAAACUAUUAUAUUCAUUCCAUUCUAAGCAUUCUGUGUUCGGUUGUUGCACGCCAAAGUGUCACUCUGCAUACACUGAGAUGUAUUUGUUCUAUAUUCAGUUGUUGUGUUAAGACAACGCAUUUCGAUACGACAUUGAUUAAGAAAUCUUUUUUUUUAAAUUAGGAAUUGCAAUGCCACGAUUUAGGGUAUUGGGUUUAAUCGUUGUGUACGUCUGUGUGGUGUAUAUUUUAUGGAAAAGAUUGACCUUGCAAAACAAGAAAAUGGGAAUAGAAACGUCGUUCUAGAUUGUAGACGGUGCGUGGCAGACGAAAAUAGCAGGUUUAAUGAUCCGAGUAAAUUCGAUAGAUGAUAAUAAUCGAUUCACGUCGGCAAUACGAGUCAUAUCAACUUGUUAUUAUUAUUUAACAUUAUUAUUAUUAUUGGGUUUAGAGGCCACGAUGAAAAGAGGCAUUUGUAUUCGACACUCACUGACAUUUGAUUGUAUA